AGCAGCACUUGGGAUGUGUGGAUCAAUGAUUUCGACAUCGUCAAACAGAAGUAAGUUGGAUACAUGUCCAGCAAUAUCGUUUUCAACCUUCUGUUUGGCAAAACGUUCGAUUAUGAUGACCCCUUGUACCUUGAAUUUUACUACUACUUACAGCGAGUUUUUGACUUUCAAAAUCCACGAGCACUUCACUACUGGUUACCUUUAUGCAUAGCCAAGCGUAUGUCUGUGCCUAAGGAAGUAAUAAGCAAGCGGAAAAACUUCAUCGAAAAGUUGCGAGCCGAGUUCUUUCGCCGAAAGCCGCCCUCACUCGAAGCCGCUCGGAACCGAGAACCGGAGUGUGUUUCUGACUAUUUAUGGAAUAAAGUUUUGAUCGAUAAUGACUCGAUCAUCACUGAAACUUCAGCAGUAGCGAUCAUGGCCGACCUUGUUUUAACUGGUCAAGAAACUGUAACUAACAAUUUGUGUUGGCUUUUACUAGUUAUGAUUCAUUAUCCAGAAGUCCAAGAAAAGAUAUUCCAGGAGCUGUCAUCAAAAACCGACAUAAAUCAUCCCCUAGUCUCGUUCUGUACUCAAGGCGAUUGCCAUUAUACGUUGGCAACAAUUUCUGAAACCAUGCGCAUGUACCCAGUCGUAUAUUCGACUCUGGAUCACACGGCCUCGGAAGAUGUCGACAAUUUGCAUGGGUUCCGGAUACCGAAAGGUAUUAGACUCUUUGGAAACAUAGUUUGUAUCUACAAAGACAAGAAAUAUUGGAAGGAUGUAUAAAACUUUAGUCUAGAAAAUUUUUUGAACGAGAAAGGGGAGUACCAGAAGCAUCCAUGCUUGAUUCCAUUUGGUUCAGGCCCUCGUUCAUGCAUCGCAGAAAAUAUGGCUCGAAUGGAAGUUUUAGUUUCCUUUGCGUCUAUCGUUCGGAAGUUCAAAGUUGAGGCU